UACAGAGUGACUCGACUGAAAGUGGCGGUGUUGGGUCGACUCAUGCAUGUGGAGCUGGGACUUGAAGUGAGUGGUUAAUAAGAACACUCGGGCCUGGCGAAGAUUAUGAGGUCAUGCUCCGACUGUUACACCCAUACUCCCUGCAUUGUCGAAUGUGAGAAGUGCUGGCUGCGGAAAGAAAACAUCGCUACUUCGCUAGGUUGUCCUCCACAGGGCCAUGACGUAGUGUGUCUAAUUUGGCUUUAUAUGUCCCUCCGCACUCUUCAUGGCGUUACCCCCGUAUACAAGUUUUUCCUCUGAAACAUGCCAACCACUGUAUCACCUACACACGACGUUCUAUUGUACUUCCUUGCUAUCUUUGUCCCCCCUCUCGCCGUUUUCUUCAGUGUGUACCAUCUCUUCGUGUGUAAGGUACCCAAGCUGACAACCCAGUUCCGAAGAACGAGGAUGCACGGCGGGUGAGUAUUGUUAUAACACUCGGUCACCAGCCACCAUCCGUGACGUCACUCUUGUCAGAUUUUUGGAUUAAUAUCUGCUUGUCGAUUCUGGGCUGGAUACCGGGGGUCCUGCAUGCAUGGUCGGCAUAUCUCACUGGAUCGCGUUUCAACGUCGUCGGGCACUGACUCUUUCUCUUGUUUGGCAGGUACAUCAUUUCGCGGAGUGAAGGCGCCAUGUAGGCGUAUAUGGAUGCGUGACUCCGGUCGUAUGACGAGUCGUGAGGACGGAGCUAUGUGGCAGUCUGCGACGGAGCCUCAGACGCGCAGUAUUUGUAGCGUGUGCGUCUAACCUCAGCAUAGGAGGUGGACAAUUGUUUUGAUUAUGCCAAUAAUGCCCAGCACUGUAUCCAUCCUUGCUUUUGGAAACUUGGUGAUUCUCCGGAAUAUCCAAUGAAACGCUAUAAGCCUAAUUUUCUCUCAAUUCGUGAUGGAAUGAGUAGCCCAUAGGUAGGGGAAUG